GCGAGGCGCAGGCCCCGAGGGGCGCUCGAGUGGCCCCCGGGGACCGGCGCCCCGGCCCGGGCAUGAGGCGCGGCGGGGCCGGCUGGAGCCGGAGGAGGAGCCGCCGCCGCCGCUGACCCGGCCGGCCGGGAGCAGGGAGAGAUGCAGAGCCGGGCAGCCCGCGCCCCCCUUCCAACGCCACUGCCGCCGCCGCCGCCGCUGCUGCUGCCGCUGUUGCUGCUACUGCUGCUGCUGCUGCCGCCACUGCUGGGAGACCAAGUGGGGCCCUGUCGUUCCCUGGGGCCUGGGGGACGUGGCUCCUCAGGGGCCUGUGCCCCCGUGGGCUGGCUCUGUCCAGCCUCAGCAUCCAACCUCUGGCUCUACACCAGCCGCUGCAGGGAUGCAGGGACAGAGCUGACUGGCCACCUGGUACCCCACCACGACGGUCUCAGGGUCUGGUGUCCAGAAUCCGGAGCUCACAUCCCUCUGCCGCCAGCGCCUGAAGGCUGCCCAUGGAGCUGUCGCCUCUUGGGCAUUGGAGGCCACCUCUCCCCACAGGGCAAGCUCACCCUGCCCCAGGAACACCCGUGCUUAAAGGCUCCACGGCUGAGAUGCCAGUCCUGCAAGCUGGUGCAGACCCCAGGGUUCAGGGCAGGGGAAAGGUCAACAGAAGAGUCCAUGGGCGGGCGUUGGAAAAGGAAUGUGAAUACAGCCCCCCAGUUCCAGCCCCCCAGCUACCAGGCCACAGUGCCUGAGAACCAGCCAUCUGGAACCCCGGUGGCAUCCCUGCGGGCCAUUGACCCAGAUGAGGGUGAGGCAGGCCGGCUUGAGUACACCAUGGAUGCCCUCUUUGAUAGCCGCUCCAAACAUUUCUUCUCUCUGGACCCAAUCACCGGCGCUGUAACCACAGCGGAAGAGCUGGAUCGGGAGACCAAGAGCACCCACGUCUUCAGGGUCACGGCGCAGGAUCACGGCAUGCCCCGACGCAGUGCCCUGGCCACACUCACCAUUUUGGUGACGGACACCAAUGAUCACGACCCUGUUUUCGAGCAGCAGGAAUACAAGGAGAGCCUCAGAGAGAACCUGGAGGUUGGCUAUGAGGUGCUCACUGUCAGAGCUACAGACGGCGACGCCCCUCCCAAUGCCAAUAUUCUGUACCGCUUGUUGGAGGGGCCUGGCGGCAGCCCCUCAGAACUCUUUGAGAUUGACCCUCGCUCUGGGGUGAUCCGAACCCGUGGCCCCGUGGAUAGGGAAGAGGUAGAAUCCUAUCAGCUGACAGUGGAGGCAAGCGACCAGGGUCGGGACCCGGGACCACGGAGCGCCACGGCUGCUGUGUUCCUGUCUGUGGAGGAUGACAAUGACAAUGCCCCUCAGUUCAGUGAGAAGCGCUAUGUGGUCCAGGUGCGCGAGGAUGUGACCCCGGGGGCCCCAGUACUCCGCGUCACAGCCUCGGAUAGAGACAAGGGCAGUAACGCUCUGGUGCACUAUAGCAUCAUGAGUGGCAAUGCUCGGGGACAGUUCUAUCUGGAUGCCCAGACUGGGGCUCUGGAUGUGGUGAGCCCUCUUGACUAUGAGACGACCAAAGAGUACACCCUCCGGGUUCGGGCACAGGAUGGCGGCCGCCCCCCGCUCUCCAACGUCUCUGGCCUAGUGACAGUGCAAGUCCUGGAUAUCAAUGACAAUGCCCCUAUCUUUGUCAGCACUCCCUUCCAGGCUACUGUGCUGGAAAGUGUUCCCUUAGGCUACCUGGUUCUCCAUGUCCAAGCCAUCGACGCUGACGCAGGGGACAAUGCCCACCUGGAAUACCGCCUUGCUGGGGUUGGACAGGACUUCCCCUUCGCCAUCAACAAUGGCACAGGCUGGAUCUCUGUGGCAGCUGAGCUGGACCGGGAAGAGGUGGAUUUCUAUAGCUUUGGGGUAGAAGCCCGGGACCAUGGCACCCCAAUGCUCACUGCUUCAGCCAGUGUCAGCGUGACCAUCCUAGACGUCAACGACAACAACCCCACCUUCACCCAACCAGAGUACACUGUGAGACUCAAUGAGGAUGCGGCCGUGGGCACCAGCGUGGUGACGGUGUCGGCUGUGGACCGUGAUGCCCACAGUGUCAUCACCUACCAGAUCACCAGCGGCAAUACCCGCAACCGCUUUUCCAUCACCAGCCAGAGUGGUGGUGGUCUGGUGUCACUUGCCCUGCCGUUGGACUACAAACUUGAGCGGCAGUAUGUGCUAGCGGUCACGGCGUCUGACGGCACGCGGCAGGACACGGCACAGGUGGUCGUGAAUGUCACAGAUGCCAACACCCAUCGUCCGGUCUUUCAGAGCUCCCACUAUACGGUGAACGUCAAUGAGGACCGGCCCGCUGGCACCACGGUGGUGCUCAUCAGCGCCACGGAUGAGGACACAGGUGAGAAUGCCCGUAUCACCUACUUUAUGGAAGACAGCAUCCCCCAGUUCCGCAUUGAUGCCGACACAGGGGCUGUCACCACCCAGGCUGAGUUAGACUAUGAGGACCAAGUGUCCUAUACCCUGGCCAUCACCGCCCGUGACAAUGGCAUUCCCCAGAAGUCUGACACCACCUACCUGGAGAUCCUGGUGAAUGAUGUGAAUGACAACGCCCCACAGUUCCUGCGUGACUCCUACCAGGGCAGCGUCUAUGAGGAUGUGCCCCCCUUCACCAGUGUCCUGCAGAUCUCAGCCACUGACCGUGACUCUGGCCUUAAUGGCAGGGUAUUCUACACCUUCCAAGGGGGCGAUGAUGGAGAUGGUGACUUCAUCGUAGAGUCCACGUCAGGCAUCGUGAGAACGCUUCGGAGACUAGACCGUGAGAACGUGGCCCAGUACGUUUUGCGGGCAUAUGCGGUAGACAAGGGGAUGCCUCCAGCCCGCACACCCAUGGAAGUGACGGUCACCGUGUUGGAUGUGAAUGACAAUCCACCUGUCUUCGAGCAGGAUGAGUUUGACGUGUUUGUGGAAGAGAACAGCCCCAUUGGCCUGGCUGUGGCCCGCGUCACAGCCACUGACCCCGACGAAGGCACCAAUGCCCAGAUCAUGUACCAGAUCGUGGAGGGCAACAUCCCUGAGGUCUUCCAGCUGGACAUCUUCUCUGGGGAGUUGACUGCCUUGGUGGACUUGGACUAUGAGGACCGGCCCGAAUACAUCCUGGUCAUCCAGGCCACGUCAGCUCCCCUGGUGAGCCGGGCCACAGUCCACGUCCGCCUGCUUGACCGCAAUGACAACCCACCCGUGCUGGGCAACUUUGAGAUCCUUUUCAACAACUAUGUCACCAACCGCUCAAGCAGUUUCCCUGGGGGUGCCAUUGGCCGCGUGCCUGCCCAUGACCCUGACAUUUCAGACAGCCUGACCUACAGCUUUGAGCGGGGGAAUGAACUCAGCCUGGUCCUGCUCAAUGCCUCCACAGGCGAGCUGAGGCUGAGCCGGGCACUGGACAACAACCGUCCUCUGGAGGCCAUCAUGAGCGUGCUGGUGUCAGACGGCGUGCACAGUGUGACCGCCCAGUGCGCACUGCGUGUCACCAUCAUCACGGAUGAGAUGCUCACGCACAGCAUCACACUGCGCCUAGAGGACAUGUCGCCAGAGCGCUUCCUCUCCCCACUACUGGGGCUCUUUAUUCAGGCGGUGGCGGCCACGCUGGCCACCCCCCCAGACCACGUGGUGGUCUUCAACGUGCAGCGGGACACCGACGCCCCUGGCGGCCACAUCCUCAAUGUGAGCCUGUCCGUGGGCCAGCCGCCGGGGCCCGGGGGCGGGCCGCCCUUUCUGCCCUCUGAGGACCUGCAGGAGCGCCUGUACCUCAACCGCAGCCUGCUCACGGCCAUCUCGGCGCAGCGCGUGCUGCCCUUCGACGACAACAUCUGCCUGCGCGAGCCCUGCGAGAACUACAUGCGCUGCGUGUCGGUGCUGCGCUUUGACUCCUCCGCGCCCUUCAUCGCCUCCUCCUCCGUGCUCUUCCGGCCCAUCCACCCCGUCGGAGGUCUGCGCUGCCGCUGCCCGCCUGGCUUCACGGGAGACUACUGCGAGACUGAGGUGGACCUCUGCUACUCACGGCCGUGCGGUCCCCACGGGCGCUGCCGCAGCCGUGAGGGGGGCUACACCUGCCUCUGCCGCGACGGCUACACAGGUGAGCACUGUGAGGUGAGUGCCCGCUCAGGCCGUUGCACGCCAGGUGUCUGCAAGAAUGGGGGCACCUGUGUCAACCUGCUGGUGGGUGGCUUCAAGUGCGACUGCCCGUCUGGAGACUUCGAGAAGCCCUACUGUCAGGUGACCACACGCAGCUUCCCUGCCCGCUCCUUCAUCACCUUCCGUGGCCUGCGCCAGCGCUUUCACUUCACCCUGGCCCUCUCGUUUGCCACCAAGGAGCGUGACGGGCUGCUGUUAUACAACGGACGCUUCAACGAGAAGCAUGACUUUAUGGCCCUCGAGGUGAUCCAGGAGCAGGUCCAGCUCACCUUCUCUGCAGGGGAGUCGACCACCACCGUGUCCCCAUUCGUGCCUGGAGGGGUCAGUGAUGGCCAGUGGCACACGGUACAGCUGAAGUACUACAAUAAGCCACUGUUAGGGCAGACGGGGCUCCCGCAGGGCCCAUCGGAACAGAAGGUGGCUGUGGUGACCGUGGAUGGCUGUGACACGGGGGUGGCCCUGCGCUUUGGAGCUGUCCUGGGCAACUACUCCUGUGCUGCCCAGGGCACCCAGGGGGGCAGCAAAAAGUCUCUGGACCUGACAGGGCCCCUACUGCUGGGUGGGGUCCCCGACCUGCCUGAGAGCUUCCCGGUCCGCGCUCGGCACUUUGUGGGCUGCAUGAGGAACCUGCAGGUGGACAGCCGGCAUGUGGACAUGGCCGACUUCAUUGCCAACAAUGGCACUGUGCCUGGCUGCCCUGCCAAGAAGAACGUGUGUGACAGCAGUACCUGCAACAAUGGGGGCACCUGUGUGAACCAGUGGGACGCAUUUAGCUGCGAGUGUCCUCUGGGCUUCGGGGGCAAGAGCUGUGCCCAGGAAAUGGCCAACCCGCAGCGCUUCCUGGGCAGCAGCCUGGUGGCCUGGCAUGGCCUCUCGCUGCCCAUCUCCCAGCCCUGGCACCUCAGCCUCAUGUUUCGCACGCGUCAGGCCAACGGUGUCCUGCUGCAGGCUGUCACCCGGGGGCGCAGCACCAUCACCCUGCAGCUAAGGGAAGGCCACGUGGUGCUGAGUGUGGAGGGCACAGGGCUCCAGGCCUCAUCUCUCCGGCUGGAGCCAGGCCGGGCCAAUGACGGCGACUGGCACCAUGCACAGCUGGCACUAGGAGCCAGUGGGGGCCCCGGCCAUGCCAUCCUGUCCUUCGACUAUGGGCAGCAGCGGGCAGAGGGCAACCUUGGGCCCCGGCUGCAUGGGCUGCACCUGAGCAACAUUACCAUCGGGGGAGUGCCAGGGCCGGCCGGUGGCGUGACCCGCGGCUUCCGGGGCUGUUUGCAGGGCGUGAGGGUAAGCGAGACGCCCGAGGGGGUCAGCAGUCUGGACCAUAGCCGCGGGGAGAGCAUCAAUGUGGAGCCAGGCUGCAGUCUGCCAGACCCCUGUGACUCGAACCCGUGUCCUGCCAACAGCUACUGCAGUGAUGACUGGGACAGCUAUUCCUGCAGCUGUGAUCCAGGUUACUAUGGUGACAACUGUACUAAUGUGUGUGACCUGAACCCAUGUGAGCAUCAGUCUGUGUGUAUCCGAAAGCCCAGCGCCCCCCAUGGCUACACCUGCGAGUGUCCCCAAAAUUACCUUGGGCCAUAUUGUGAGACCAGGAUUGACCAACCUUGCCCCCGAGGCUGGUGGGGACACCCCACGUGUGGCCCGUGCAACUGUGACGUCAGCAAAGGCUUCGACCCAGACUGCAACAAGACAAGUGGCGAGUGCCACUGCAAGGAGAACCACUAUCGGCCCCCGGGCAGCCCCACCUGCCUCCUCUGUGACUGCUACCCCACGGGCUCUUUGUCCCGCGUCUGUGACCCUGAGGAUGGCCAGUGUCCAUGCAAGCCAGGCGUCAUUGGGCGCCAGUGUGACCGCUGUGACAACCCCUUUGCUGAGGUCACCACCAAUGGCUGUGAAGUGAAUUACGACAGCUGCCCACGGGCCAUCGAGGCUGGGAUCUGGUGGCCCCGUACCCGCUUUGGGCUGCCUGCUGCUGCCCCCUGCCCCAAAGGCUCCUUUGGGACCGCCGUGCGCCACUGUGAUGAGCACAGGGGGUGGCUCCCCCCAAGCCUUUUCAACUGCACGUCGGUCACCUUCUCAGAGCUGAAGGGCUUUGCUGAGCGACUGCAGCGGAACGAAUCGGGCCUGGACUCUGGGCGCUCCCAGCGACUGGCCCUGCUUCUGCGCAAUGCCACGCAGCACACGGCGGGCUACUUUGGCAGCGAUGUCAAGGUGGCCUACCAGCUGGCCACACGGCUGCUGGCGCACGAGAGCGCCCAGCGGGGCUUUGGGCUGUCCGCCACACAAGAUGUGCACUUCACCGAGAACCUGCUGCGGGUGGGCAGUGCCCUCCUAGACGCAGCCAACAAGCGGCACUGGGAGCUGAUCCAGCAGACGGAGGGUGGCACGGCCUGGCUGCUCCAGCACUACGAGGCCUACGCCAGCGCGCUGGCCCAGAACAUGCGGCACACCUACCUGAACCCCUUCACCAUUGUCACGCCCAACAUUGUCAUCUCUGUGGUUCGCUUGGACAAGGGGAACUUUGCUGGGGCCAAGCUGCCCCGCUAUGAGGCGCUGCGCGGGGAACGGCCCCCAGACCUUGAGACGACGGUCAUUCUGCCUGAUUCUGUCUUUCGAGAAACACCAACCAUGGUCCGGCCUGCGGGCCCUGGAGAGGCCCAGGAGCCUGAAGAGCUGGCCCGGCGUCAGCGGCGGCACCCGGAGCUGAGCCAGGGUGAGGCUGUGGCCAGUGUCAUCAUCUACCGCACCCUGGCUGGGCUGCUGCCCCAUAACUACGACCCAGACAAGCGCAGCCUGAGAGUCCCCAAAAGGCCGGUCAUCAACACGCCUGUGGUGAGUAUCAGCGUCCAUGAUGACGAGGAGCUGCUGCCCCGAGCCCUGGACAAGCCGGUCACCGUGCAGUUCCGGCUGCUGGAGACAGAAGAACGCACCAAGCCCAUCUGUGUCUUCUGGAACCAUUCCAUCCUGGUCAGCGGCACUGGUGGCUGGUCAGCCCGAGGCUGUGAGGUCGUCUUCCGCAACGAGAGCCAUGUCAGCUGCCAGUGCAACCACAUGACGAGCUUCGCCGUGCUCAUGGAUGUGUCCCGGCGGGAGAAUGGGGAGAUCUUGCCGCUGAAGACACUGACCUACGUGGCCCUAGGGGUCACCUUGGCUGCCCUGCUGCUCGCCUUCCUCUUCCUCACAGUCCUGCGUGCCCUCCGCUCCAACCAGCAUGGCAUCCGACGGAACCUGACUGCUGCCCUGGGCCUGGCGCAGCUGGUCUUCCUCCUAGGAAUCAACCAGGCUGACCUCCCUUUUGCUUGCACAGUUAUUGCCAUCCUGCUGCACUUCCUGUACCUCUGCACCUUCUCCUGGGCCUUGCUGGAGGCCCUGCACCUGUACCGGGCGCUCACCGAGGUGCGCGACGUCAAUGCUGGCCCUAUGCGCUUCUACUACAUGCUGGGCUGGGGCGUGCCCGCCUUCAUCACAGGUCUAGCUGUGGGCCUGGACCCUGAGGGCUAUGGGAACCCGGACUUCUGUUGGCUGUCCGUCUACGACACGCUCAUCUGGAGUUUUGCUGGUCCUGUGGCCUUCGCAGUCUCAAUGAGUGUCUUUCUAUACAUCCUGGCGGCCCGGGCCUCCUGUGCUGCCCAGAGGCAGGGCUUCGAGAAGAAAGGCCCCGUCUCAGGCCUGCGGCCCUCCUUCGCCGUCCUCCUGCUGCUGAGCGCCACGUGGCUGCUGGCACUGCUGUCUGUCAACAGUGACACCCUUCUCUUCCACUACCUCUUUGCUGCCUGCAAUUGCGUCCAGGGCCCGUUCAUCCUCCUCUCCUACGUGGUGCUUAGCAAGGAGGUCCGGAAAGCGUUCAAGUUUGCCUGCAGCCGCAAGGCCAGCCCUGACCCUGCACUGACCACUAAGUCCACCCUGACCUCGUCCUACAACUGCCCCAGCCCCUAUGCAGAUGGGCGGCUGUACCAGCCCUACGGAGACUCAGCCGGCUCUCUGCACAGUGCCAGCCGCUCGGGCAAGAGUCAGCCUAGCUACAUCCCCUUUUUGCUGAGGGAAGAGUCCACACUCAACCCCGGCCAAGGGCCCCCCGGCCUGGGGGACCCAGGCAGCCUAUUCCUGGAAGGUCAAGACCAGCAGCAUGACCCUGACACAGACUCUGACAGUGACCUAUCCCUGGAAGAUGACCAGAGUGGUUCCUAUGCCUCUACUCACUCGUCAGACAGCGAGGAGGAGGAAGAAGAGGAGGAGGAAGGGGCCGUCUUCCCUGGAGAGCCGGGCUGGGACAGCCUGCUGGGGCCUGGCGCUGAGAGACUGCCCUUGCACAGCACCCCCAAGGGUGGGCCAGCGCCAGGGCUGUGGCCUUUGAGGGGGCAGCGGGAGGGCAGAGAGCCAGGGACUCCUGGGGUGGUGACUUUCCUAGUUGUCUGCCUUCUCUGGGCCUUAUCUACAUCCUUUCUCCACCAGAUGGGGGCCCAGGGCCCGGGAAGGCCCCCUGGCCAGGAGACUUUGGGACCACAGCAAAGGAGAGUAGUGGCAAUGGGGCCUCUGAGGAGCGCCCGUGGGAGAAUGGAGAUGCCCUGCCUCGGGAGGGGUCCCUUGGCCCCCUUCCAGGCCCCUCUGCCCAACCUCACAAAGGCAUCCUCAAGAAGAAGUGUCUGCCCACCAUCAGUGAGAAGAGCAGCCUUUUACGGCUACCCCUGGAGCAAGGCACAGGGUCUUCUAGGGGCUCCUCAGCCAGCGAGGGCAGCCGGGGCGGGCCCCCUCCCCGCCCUCCUCCCCGGCAGAGUCUCCAGGAGCAGCUGAAUGGGGUCAUGCCCAUCGCCAUGAGUAUCAAGGCGGGCACAGUGGAUGAGGACUCGUCGGGCUCCGAGUGAGUGGGGCUGGCUGGGUGGGACAGGGGGCAGCCCCACAGAGCCCCUGGCUGGGCUCAGAGCCACUUCCAGGCCUCCCCAGGCUGCUCUGGCUGGCAGUCGGGGAACCAAUGGGUUGGUGUAGCCCAGCUCCCUUACUGUGAUGUGCCCGCAAACCAUGGGGCCUGUGGGGUCAGCUCAGCCUGCAUCAGGCGAAGUGAGGGAGGGUUGGGAGCUGGGGGUUGCUUUCCUGUUUCCUUCUCCUGGUGGAAGCUUCUCACUGUCUUCUCUGCUCCAACUAACCCCCUGUCUGCCUUUUCUGUCACUUUCCUUUCCUGCCUCUCCAGAUUUCUCUUCUUUAACUUCCUGCAUUAACCCUGGGCCGGUGGUUCCUACACCCUGCGGCUCCCUUACCUUCCCCAGCUGCACUCAUGCCCCACUCCUGUCUUGUGCUUUAUCCUGCCCCUGCUCCCCACCGCCUGCCCGAAGCAGCGACGAAACGUCCAUCUGAGGAGCCUGGGCCUUGCCGGGAGGGGCACCCACCCCACCCAAGGCCAUCUAGUGCCAACUCCCUCCCCCACCAUCCCCUUCACUGCACUUUGGACCCCUGGGGCCAACAUCUCCAAGACAAAGUUUUUCAGAAAAGAGGAAAAAAAAUUUAAAAAAGGAUCUCCACUCUUCAUGACUUCAGGGAUUAAUUUUUUUUAUAUGCUGGAAACUGACUCCCCUUUCCCUUCCCAAAGAGGAUAGGACCUCCCAGGAUACUUCCCAGCCUCUCCUCAGUUUCCCAUCUGCUGUGCCUCUGGGAGGAGAGGGACUCUCGGGGGGCCUGCCCCUCAUUUGCCAUCACCAAAAGGAAAGGACAAAGCCACAUGCACCCAGGGCAUCGAGCCCUGCCGGCUGCACCCCGGCGGGCCUCAGUGUGGUGAGGGCGUCAAAGACAAGGGCACUUCUCACCCUGCCUGUGCUGCCCCUCCCAGGAACUGAAAAAGCCCCGUCCGGAGAGGGGGCAGAAGGACUCCGCGCCCCCGGACCCCCAAAUGCUGCAUGAACACAUUUUGAGGGGAACCCGUGCCCCUGGGUGGAGGCCGGGCCAACCCCAGCCCCUCUCCUUUCCCUGGACUCUGGCCACGUGCUACAGCCCAGGCGUUUGCUCAGUUCGCUGACCCAAAAGUGCUUCAUUUCCCUGCCUGACCCACCUGGGGAAGGCCAGUCACGUGUUCAGUUGCGCUUCUUUGCUGUGGUGUGGGUGGGAAAGGGAGGAAGAAUAAGGCCAGGGCUGGCUCAGUUGCCCCCAGAAGUCUCAAGCACAGGUCUCAAGUCCGGGUUCUGGUGUCCACGCAGCCACCCCCGCAAGAUCAGACAAAUCCCAUUUUGUCUGAUUACUGUGGCCUCUGAGAUGUGUUCUAUUUUUAACCCCUUUUCGGAAUUGGCUCUCUUCUUCAAAGGACCAGGUCCUGUUCCUCUUUCUUCCCCUUCUGCCACGCCCAUCCUCAGCUCCCUGCGAAGAGAGAGUUAAUAUAUAUUUUUAUUUAUUUGCUUUUUAUGUCGGGAUGGGUUCGUGUCCGGUCCCAGGGGGCUGAUGUGGCCAUGACAGGUCAGGUGGGUACCCAGCAUUCCUGGCGUGGGUGGGUUGAGGCCCUUUCCCUCGCUCCAGGCUCUCAUCUCUUGCCUCCUCUCCUCCUGCCACCCCAGUUUUGCCAACCACUGUUCAUUUGAGUUACCGUGUACGCUGAGCAUGUAUUCCCCACUUGUCACUGACUUUCUUCUGGAGCAGGUGGCUAGAAAAAGAGGCUAUGGGUGGGAAAAAAAAAUGUUCCUGUUUCUCACAUGUAAGGCUGGUUGCUUAGUUUUCUGCCAUGGAUUCUCCCCCUGAACCCUCCCCUCAGCAAUUCCUACAAAGGGUUAAAAAUUUAACUGGUUUUUAACUACUGAUGACUUGACUUAAAAAAUACAAAGAUGCUGGAUGCUAACUUGAUACUAACCAUCAGAUUGUACAGUUUGAUUGUUACUGUAAAUACAGUAGGGUUUUGUGUUUGUUUUUUUUCAUUUCCCCAUACCACUGAAUAAACUGUCGUUCUGUGCGGGUUGAGUGCCAUCAUCUUGUUUCUGUGGGGUGCCCUGUGCUUCCGGAGCGAGGCUCUGGAAAACACGAGCAGGCAGGGCCCUGGGAGGACCCAGAGGUCAGGGGACUCAGAUGUCACUUGGCCAGUGAGCUAGCCUCACCACCAGUACCCCAGCGGUGCUCCAGAUAGCCUCAUCAGCACAGAGCCCAUGUCCUGGUGUGUCCAAGGAAGAUGUGGCAGGCGGCAGGAGAGUAUCCUUUUAUCAGGACAGGAGGGACACGUUUUCAGUGGAGAGGGUGCAAAGAGCAGGCAGGUUUCCAGUCCAGCCCCUCAGGGCUGAGUCCUGGGGACAAAAUUCAGGAGACAGGGAGGGCAGAGUGGCUCAGUGGCUCAGUGACGACGUACCUUCUGACUUCACUCCUCUGGGUCAUUGUGUGUGUUUUCCCAUCAGAAAUGAAGCAACAAUUCACACUCAAGUCACCUACGUGCUCUGCAACAUUUUUUCUGUUUGCGAGUUUUCUGUUUUCCAAGGCUCUGGUCAGCAGACUAGCUGGGGAGUUAACACGGGGGCCAUAGAGGAUAGUGAUGAAGAGCACAAACCUUGGAACCAGACCCAGUGACUUAAGCUCUCUGAGCCUUAGUUUCUCUGCCUGCAAAAUAAGGAUGAUAACAGCAUCCUCCUAAUUGAGCUUUUAUGAGAAUUAAAUGAGUUAACACAUGUAAAGUUCUUAGAACAGUUCACAGUGCAUAGUAAGAGGCCAGUAAAUGUUGGCUUCCCUCAUUGUUGCUCCUGGGGAGGGGUGGGGGUAGAGUGCAUACAGAGAAAAAUAGAAAGCAAGCCCAAAGGGAAGGAAGCAGGUAGCUGAGCAAGAAGGGCAGCUGUGGCAGGUGGGCCUCCUCCCUAGCUGGUAAAGUCUCUUGGAUGUUGCUUAAGCAGGUUUGCAGCAGGAUGGGGGCAGGG